AUGGCUGGGACCGGCUGGCUGGAGAGGUUGCGUGCGGCUCGCAAGACCGCCCUGCUCGCCGAUGGUAAACGAAAAAUCCAUUACUUGUUUGAGGAUGGAAAGGAGAUGGCAGAAGAGUAUGACCUGAAAACACACCAGCUACUCUCAAGAAAAUGGAGAGAGAAGAAUGCCCUGGGUGCACAUGGCAAUUGGGAAGUUGAGGUGGGAGAACCCACAUUGCUUGCAACAGGAGCACUGGACCGUGAGUUCAUAAAGGAGAGCAAUACCAAUAUACUACAAGAAAUUCACUAUUCCUGAUUUGGACAGAUUCCAACUGUUUUUGGACAGCACAGCUUUGAGUUUUACUCAUGCCAAUAAUACAUUGAUCAUCACAUAUCAAAAGCCAACAGAAAUACUAGCUGCAGAAGAGGAGCUGCAAAAAGAACUAAAGAAGAUCAAAGCUGCUAAUAAUGGGGAAGGAGACUGCAAGACACAGUAGUCAAAAGUUUUGAGGUGCAUUGUCUGUAUUUUUAUUAAAUAAUUGUUCUGAACAGGGAUCAUACAUUCAUUUCAUUUAUACCAUGCCACGAUUCUACAGAACUCUUUGCAGAUUACAAACAUUAAAAUCUGCAAUUGAAUAGUAUAUAAAAACGUAAAACAAAACCAACUGGAAAAUGCAAAAAUCCAAAAAAUGCCUUAAGGAAGGAAUAUAUCAGAGUCUCUUUAAGGCUCCCAUCAGCACCUAUUCUGGUAAGGAGGCAUUGGUAAUCUUCUAGAUCCAGGGAAUAAGGGCCACCCACCUGAACUAUCUUCAGUAUGCCAUGUGGCAGUGGCAACCAUGCUUUCCAAGCUGCACUAUUACCAGUUUGUUUCUAGGUGCAGUUGAAUAUGCUUGGAGGGACUAUGGUGUUGACCCAGCUGAUUCAAUCCAGCAAAGUUAUUGUACUACAUGUUCCUUUCAUCAACCAAUGGGGGCCUUCAUUAACCAUAUUGGAACCUCAGGAUCAUGUCUUUUGCCAUGGCACCUGCAUUCCAGAAUGUGGUUCCUCUUGAGACCCAGAGGGCUUGCAUCCUGAUGGCAUUCUGACAGGCCUUAAUGACUUGGCUGUGCUCCCAGGCUUUGGACUGUGCUGAUUGGAUCCCUCUGCUAGGUGUAUGAUACAUAUUGUUGACCAGAGGUUCUACAUUGUUUAUUGCUAUGUCUCUUUUUGCAUUACAUGUUUGUUGUAUUGUUUUAUUGUUGAGCAGCCCAGAAUCAAUUGGAAUCUACACUGAUAUAAAUAAAUGGCUGAAGCAGCUGUGAGGGACAGAGGUCCAGACCAUAGAUAACAGAGGGCAUCUUAGAGAGCAUAUAAAGAAUCCCAGUUAACCUGGCAAGAUAUUCCAAUCAAAUUGCUAGACAAUACCAAAGCACAGUCAAGAGAAUCUAAACAAACCUAUGGCAAAAUGCUAUGCUCACUGGUCACCACAGUCACUCUUGCAACUGGCUCCUUCUCCAAAGGAAAUUAACCAUUCUGCAAAGAGCUUCUGGAUAACAACAUGCCAAUGCAACAAGAGAGAAGUAGGAAUGCUUUAUUCUCUUAUAACUGUGGUGCAGGUCUGGGUACAUAAUUGUGCUCAAUUUCAUUCUUAAUACUCCACCUACUCUCUGGGCACUGCUGCCUCAACCUCCGCUGACACUUCAAAACCCAUCAGCCACCAAGGAUAGGCCCAACAGCAGCUGCUUAGAAGCAGUUUCACUAAGGGCCCAUGAAAGCUUGUUGCCUAUGUUGAGAGCAGCAAAACAGACACUUGGUAGACUCACACAUCACAUCUUUGGGAAAAUCAAGUACCCACCACCAUAUUAUGGCCCAACAUAGCCAAGAUGUAGCAGCUACACUUCCAUUCCACACAAUUUGCUUACCUCAUGAAGAGUUGGUAUGAGCCCAACUCCCAAACUAAAACUUCACCUGUUCACCAAUCUACCCAUGGAGUCAAGUCAAGUCAGCAGCCUGGCAAACCACUUGGCCAAACCCCUAAUCACUUAGUUCACUUAAACUUAGUGACCACUUUGUUUAAACCAAUAUCGUUGAUUCCAACUGUGGUUGCUAAAUGAGGACUAUCUAAUCUAUUAUACCUAUAUGAGAAGUAAAUGUAGUACACAGACUUUCUCCCACUGUCUUGGGUACUAUCUCUUUAUCUCUCCGAUCCUUCCCCUUACUGGGAGUCAGUAUGUAUUAAUUCCUCUUGGCUCUCACCUGAGGGACAUUCUACCCAUUCUAGUUACUGAAGAAUAAAUUUCACACAUACACUGCAGUAGCAUAUUACCAGCAAGUGCAUCCAAAACAUUGAUAGCAAAGGAGUCCGCCAGGAAACUACAAUCCCCACCUUAGACCUAGCAAAACUGCACUACUCUUAGAUGUGAUGCCAAGGCCCCUUGCCCAACUGCCAGCAACUUGAAUGGCACAUAUUCUGUUUUCUGCCAGCUGAUCACUUUUAGGCACCACAGUGGUUGCUUUAGGUAAAUAAUCCGAGCCCUAAAAUCCCCACCUUCUGCCAGUUCACUGAAGCCCUUCAAUAUGGCCGCUUAGUGGAGACGUGCUACCUGGAAAUCCCUAAGUCAAUCUUGGUGCCACCUCCUAAUAUCUGCUUUUAAAGUUUGUUUACACAAUUACAUAGCCACUUUUUACACCAUAGUAUCUGACUUGUCUUACAUUUUUAUUAUUUAUACUGAGGCCCUUCUAGGUUCAUCUGUUACAACAUACCAGAAUUUGAGUCAUGGACAGUGAUAAGCCUUUCCAAAUAUUUUGUUUUAAAAUAGAUUUUCAUGAUAUAGUCCUUGUUUCCCAAUCCUUCAUGUAUGGAAGAAUAUUCGGAGCUUAUAUUCCAGUGUGUUCAUCUCUCAUUCUACUAAAAAAGAAUCCCUUUGUCUCAAUUACACUGAUUUAUAUAUCAGACAUUAAUAAAAGAAAGAAUUUUUGUGUUU